GCCUCUCCACUCCCACCUAAUCAUCCUCAACAACCAGCACAUCCCACCAUGUGCGCUGCUGCCACCCCAUGGCGCCGAUGAAAAGGGAUGGACCCCCGAAUCGAAACAUCCGGGACUUCUUCAAGCCCUUCACCAUCCCCAAGAGCCGCAUUCCCGUGUACGCAGAGGAGGAGGACGAGAUUGUUGUUGCGACGUCUAUACCCAAGGACGAGCCUUCGCCGGAUCAACCGCAGCAGUCUGUGUUGAAUGGAGAGGAAGAUGAUGAACCUUUCCCGAGCUCACAGGCGUCGGAGAGCUCGGUGCUCUCUAGUGCGCUGUCCAUCCUCACGGCGAAAGAGAGGACGCCCAAAGCUUCACAAGCUUCGCCGAGCAAACUGCCUGCUCGCCCUGGCCCUCAGCAGAACGGGCACGCAAGCAAUGCACGCAAUCUUCCCUCCUCGCAACAAAGAAGAGUCAUGACGGCCGUGGAGAUUCCUGCACUGCCAACAUCGCAACAAAAGCAGCUGCACUCCUCUUCUUCUGAUCUUCCAACUGCACCACCCAAACUACCCAUCCCUCAUACCACCGCAGCCGCUACCUCCUUCUCCUCCAUUUCCACCCUCUCCAGCGUCCCGAUGAGCACGCAGAGCUCCAGCCGAAGAGUGCUGAAGAAUGGAAUACAAGCUGUGACGAACUCCGACUCAGAUAGCGUCGAGAGUUCGGGCAGCAGUAGGGGUGAUGAGGAGAGUUCGAGUGGUGAUGAUUUGGUGGACAUUUCGGCUUUCAUUCCGAGGAAGAAGGCCCGGCUGGAAGAGGCGGAUGUCAAGCAGCGACAGAGUGCCAGAUUGUCGGGUGACAACAAGACAGUGGGGAGCGUGCGAACCCCUGGAAAGGGUGGCGUGCCACUGCCGGAGAAGAAGGUGGUGUACAAGUAUGGUUUGGCGGCUAUGGUCAAGCAACGACAGAGAGAAGAGGAGGCGGCUGCGAGGAUGAGAGAGGCCGAGACGCAAUUCGAGGAGUCGCAGCGAAUGAGAGAGCGAGAACGGGACGAAGAGGACGAUACUGCGGUGGAUCUGCAAGCUGUCGUCGCGAACGAAGGCGAUGACGGCGGGAGGAUGAUGCGUGCUAUGCAGCGGACCGAGACGGCGGACGACGAACAGGCUUUCUACUAUAUUCGGGAUGCUAGGAGCGACACGCCGCCUGAUACGAAGUUCCCCAGCCACGCAUUUGGAGAUGCACACACCUUUAUGGCGCAGAAGCUGCAGGACGAAGGCUGGCGUACACAAGCGUGUUUGACUGGCUUCCUGUCCGAAGUCGCAGCUAGGGGCGAGCUCCCCGAUGCUGCGCGCGACUGGUUUGCGAGCCGACUGCUGCACGAGAAACGAGGAGAUUUGCGCGAAGCAUACGCUUGCAUUCUCGAAAGCUGCAAGAUCUCGGGAACUGGAAAAGAUUCAACGCUUCCGACACGACUGAGUGACUAUUAUGUUCUUUCCAAGAACGCGGUGGAAAGCGUAAAGGCCCCACGGAAUCCCGCAUCCACUGCAUCAUCCUCUCUCGACGCCCUCGACAGCGUGCUUCGCGUGGUGCGACAUUUCGGCUCACAAUGCGGUGACGAGGCCAUUGCUUCCUCGAUUCUCGAGUUCGUGUACGCACGCAUAGACGCACGCGUCGCCGGCGACACCGCGUUGAAGUGUGCGAUCGAAGACGCCAUCGAGUACCUGCUCCAACGCGUAUCCUCCCACGACGACAUGUUCACCAAACUCAAACAAGCAUUCCACCACUCCGGCUAUUCGACGCAGCUCAAAUGCAACGCCAUCGCCUCUCUCCCCGCGCUAUCCGAACACAGCCAUGCUCUCCAACGCCGACUAGCCAUCAGCCUCGUCACCAGUCAGCAAACCGUCGCAGCUCCUAAUACAUCUCCUGCAAACGCCACCGCUAUCCUGCACGCUCUACGCAACGCCCCACAAUUCCACAUCUCCGACGCAACAAACUACUCUUUCCUCAACCCGCUCCUCACCAUCCUCGACCUCGCCCUCGACGCAGGCUUCUACGAGCAGGACUACCGCACCCCAGCACCGUCCUCCCCACCCAAAACAAUUCUCAAACCCUCCAUCUCCACCUCAGCAACCGCCAGCGAGACACCAGCAGAGACCGCCUUCAACGCCCAAAUUGAUGCCUUCAUCACCCAACUCACGCUAAUGGCCAGCCGCAUUAAGGACGCGGGAACGACGCAUCUGCGCCGCUCGGAAGCCAAGCAUGCGCUUGAGAGGUUGGUGAGGAGGUUGGAGUUUGCGGUUCGCUCGAGGCCGAGGAAGAGGGGAGGGGUUUUUGGGGCUGGGUUGGAGGUGCAGAGGGGGUUGUUGAGGGGGUUUUUGGCGAAGGCUGGGGAGGGGGGUGGACGUGGUGUUGGCAGGGUGGUGAGGUUUGAGGAUGGGGAUGGGGAUGGGGAUGAAAAGGUGGUAUUAGAGGAGGAGAGAGGAGAGGCGUAA